AUGGGAGACGUCAACUCGUCGACUUUCAUCCAGCCAUGGCAUGUUUCUAUUCUUUACUACAAUGGAACUGAUCUGAACUCAAAGUAUGCUCCACCUUGGGUUAGCUCUCCUAAUAUCAGGGGCACGUUCGACAUUCUUGAAAGUUGCAUCUUUACCCUCAUCGCCUGCGUCUUCACGGCCCUUCAUCUCGACAUAAUUCCAAACUCAACAUGGCGACGUCGUCUGCUAGAGAAGAUAAAAUGGGUCCUGUUUACUAUUGUGACCCCGGAAGUCUCUUUAUUAACCGCGAGUAAUCAGAUUGGUCGUACCUGGGACCUCAGGUCAAAGCUCAAAAGGAUACAGAAACAACAGAAGUCGUCAAUAUCAAGUCCGGAUGAAGAUGUCGAGAUCAACUUGCAGUACGCCUACUUUAUUGUCAUGGGGGGGAUUCGUUUCGACGUCGACGAUAUCUUGACGGUUCGCGCAGGCCCGCCUGCUAUAGUUCAACUCGCCAGCAAGGGCCAUUGGUUUAAAGUCCGAGGGAAAGACAUUGACGACAAGAGUAAGGCUGGUGUUUUUCAAAAAGCCCUUGUUCUUAUUCAGAUACUCUGGAUGAUUACCCAAUGUGUUUGCCGGUUUGUGUUUGGACUUCCGCUUACCCUACUGGAAAUCCAUACCAUGUUGCAUGUCUUUUUUGCUAUCAUCCAAUACUGUUGUUGGGUCAAGAAACCUUUGGAUAUUCAGGAACCAUUCGUUGUUCAACCACAUGGUUUCGAAGCCGAACUGGCCAUGAUGUUACAGAAGCAGUUCUAUAGCAGGAUGUCAUACAGUCUAGCACUCUUCCCUUCACGUCAAACACCAGAACAGCCACCCCCAGAAGGAUCUUUGGGUCGCCAAAUGAGAUGGAUCGAUCCGGCGUCGACAGAAAUGAAAGUUGGCGAUAUUCUCCCUUCUGGACUUGCUUUCUACACCAUAAAUACCAAAGAUGCUUUAUUUCCUCUCGAAAACAUCUGGGGUGGCCAGACAAUGGUUAAACACAAGCUCAAUCGAAGAUCUAAACCCGUCAAGGACUCUUUCCCACUUACACCUGAGUUCUUUCGGCGAUGGGAUAUUAUUCUGUCCAAAUACUCCAACGAGCAGCGAGAGCACCUGGCUGAAACGUCGAUAAGGAUUCGGCUGCACAGAUGUGAGGAAGACGGUAUACCGGAUCUUCCGGAGAGAGAAAAACGUAUCCUUCUCCUGGUGCGCCUGGACGAAUUCAGACAAGAACUGAUAUUGAACUGCGAAAGAGAUUUCUGGGAGGGUAGAAGUUUCUUCUCCCUUGAUCUUGCUCCGCAUUAUGAAACGCAAGGUUUUCUUUCGAAAUAUGGUCCCAUGUGGAAGUUCUGGAGGUACCAUAAGAUAGUAUUCCUCGCUGCUAUCCUAUCUAUUUGCUAUGGUGGUCUUCACCUUGCGCCUACAUUCUUGUUAAAGUUCCCUUCGUACACAGAGGCAGUAUUGUGGCAGCUCAGCUGUAUGAUCAUCAUGUGCGCGUUGCCUGCUUACGUUAUAAUAUCAGGCCUGAUCUGGCUCACCCUUUGGUGUUUAUUCCUUGACAGGUCUCAUGCUCUCGUCUUUCCACGAAGGACACCCGAAUAUCUCAGGAGAUUCAUCAGAAACUUCGCCAAGUUCUAUUGUAUAUACUUGCUAUCUAUUUUGGGGAGCGCAUAUGUUCUGUCAAGGGCCUUCAUUGUCGCCGAGAUUUUUGCAAGCCUGCGACAUUGUCCAGUUGGAGUUUUCCUCACCUUUCAGUUGCUGCAACUGUUUCCUCACUUCUAG